UAAAGUUAUCUCCACCGAGCCUGUCACUUCCAUUGUCUCAUAUUGCAUGCCAGUCCGGUCGACUCGAUGGCUACCACAUAUGCGGAAAUUGGGGGGGGUGGUCUCGGUGGUGUGUGCUGCAAGGUAUAAAAACCCCCUGUCAGUGACACUUAUUCCCAUCAUCAACGCAACUAGACAUCCUUCACAACACAUCUCCCAAUCUUCCCUUCAACAACCAACCUUCUUCUGACUAUCCACAAACAUCAUGCGAUUCACUUCGUUCUUCAUUGCUGUUCUCCCUUUCGUCGGGUCUGCUUUCGCUGCUCCCCUCAGCAACAAGGCCUCCGAAGCCCUUGUUGUUAGAUCUGAGUCCCUUGCCCCUCGAACUGUCGACUACGUCGGCAUCCUUACUACACUUGAUAAUGACAUCAAAAACGCCGGCCCGCUCUCAGGGGACUCCACUGAGGGUGAGGUGACUGCAGCGCUCACUACCGUUAAGGAGGCAUUCGACACUGCGAAAUCGGCUCUCCACAUUGUCUCCUCUAAGCGGGACCUCGACAUGGGCGUUGUUGCUCGUGACAGCACCGCAGAUGAAGUCUCCACUCUUUUGUCUACCGUCUCCGCCGAUGUAAAGGCUCUCAUCGCUCCUGUCGAUGUCACUCUCCUUUCCCUUCCUGCAGUCGGUGGCCUCGUCAAGGAGGUAAACUCCGCACUUGACUCCGUUCUCACGGGUCUCGGCGAUGUUCUUGGUGGUGUCGUUUCCCUGGUUGCCAAAACUCUCAACAGCUUGGGUAUCGACAUCGCUCCUUUCCUCAGCAAAGACAUCAACGUUCUUUACGAUAUCUUUGGCAAGUUGUAAUUUGCCAUCACAAGCUUCCCCUUCUGGCUGUUGAGCGUUAGAUAUUCAUCUGCGGGAUGAGUUUGCCAUUAUAAAUGUCACUAAUUAAUUAAGUUAUGAUGGUUGUUUAAUUAAAUGCGAUUAUUAUAAUGAUAUGUCUGCUAUCUGCUUCA